CCGCCAUUACACCUUGCGGCGGCGUAACGCGGCGCUCGGAACGCCUCCGCAUUCCGCAGCUCGAUACGAGGCGUGCCUAACCUCCACCCCGCAUGUCCACCCCUACAGUGCCUUCAGCCCCGACUGUUGUCUCACAUUCUCACAGUUCUCCAGCCGCGCAUGCUCGACAGCAUCAGCUGACACUCCGCAAUGUGGGCAGUCGUAUCGAGCGCUAUCUAUGCUGCAUAUAAGCCGGUCCCAGUCUCGUCUCCUCCGUCCCAUCCACCAUGUCCUCCAAGCCGCGUAUCCUUUGCGCUUUUGGCGUCGACGUCGAUGCUGUCGCCGGCUGGCUCGGCUCGUACGGCGGCGAAGACAGUGCGAGCGAUAUCUCGCGCGGCCUCUUCGCGGGCGAGGUCGGCUCGCUCCGCCUCCUCCGCCUCUUUGAUAAGUUUAACAUGAAGACGACGUGGUUCAUCCCCGGCCACAGCCUCGACACGUUCCCCGAGCAGAUGGCCAAGGUGCGCGACGCGGGGCACGAGAUCGGCCUUCAUGGAUACUCGCACGAGAACCCCACGUCCCUCUCGCUCGAGCAGCAGAAGGUUAUUCUCGAUCACACGUAUGACCAGAUCACGAAGUUCUGGGGCAAGCCGCCCCUCGGGUCCGUCGCGCCGUGGUGGGAGGUUAGCAAGGAGGGGGCUGAGCUGCUCCUUGAGAAGGGGCUCCUCUACGACCAUUCCUCAAUGCACCGAGACAGUCAGCCAUACUAUCUCCGCAUCGGAGACACCUGGAAGAAGAUCGACUACGACAAGCAUCCCAGCACUUGGAUGGAGCCGCUGCAGCGCGGCGAGACGACGGGCCUGCCUUGCAUACCUGUCUCAUGGGAGUUGGACGACCUGCCUCCUAUGAUGUUUAUGAAGGGCGCGGCGAACUCUCACGGCUUCGUCGACGUCCGCUCGAUCGAGUCAAAGUGGAAGGACCACUUCACGUACCUGUACGAGAAUGAGCGCGACACGGGCUUCUGCCUCCCGCUCACCGUGCACCCCGACGUAUCUGGCCGUCCGCACGUACUCAAGAUGCUCGAGCGCUUCAUCGAGUGGGUCAACGGGCACGAAGGCGUCGAGUGGGUCACGUACGCCGAGAUUGCCGAGGACUUCCUCAGGCGGAACCCUCCGCCGAAGGGGGCGCGCAUGCCCAAGGGAUCCAAGACGCCGGCUUAA